UAACAAUCCUCUUUAUUAUUAUUGAAGAGUUGAACCCAGGCUCGUGCUGACCCCCGCGUGGCCCUCCUCUGUCCUGAGCGCGUGAGCUCUCUCUCUCGACGCCGGACGGAGUAUGAUUGACGUGGCGGCCAUUUUCCCGCUGGACGCAGCUUCUCAUUGUGGAUCCGAAGAACAAAACAGACACACGCGAGACGUGGCCGACGAUUAACUAGGUUUUACUCUCGGUGAUCUGUAGCAGCCAUGGCCCGUACCAAGCAGACUGCCCGUAAGUCCACUGGAGGCAAAGCCCCACGUAAGCAGCUGGCCACCAAGGCAGCUCGCAAAAGCGCCCCUUCCACUGGUGGUGUCAAGAAGCCCCAUCGCUACAGGCCCGGAACUGUAGCUCUGCGAGAGAUCCGUCGUUAUCAGAAGUCCACCGAGCUGCUGAUCCGCAAGCUACCUUUCCAGCGUCUGGUGAGAGAGAUCGCCCAGGACUUCAAGACGGACCUGCGUUUCCAGAGUGCAGCCAUCGGAGCUCUGCAGGAGGCCAGCGAGGCGUACCUGGUCGGCCUGUUCGAGGACACCAACCUGUGCGCCAUUCACGCCAAGCGUGUCACCAUCAUGCCCAAAGAUAUCCAGCUGGCCCGCCGUAUCCGUGGAGAGCGUGCCUAAACAUCCUCUCUUCCCUUUGAUCUUUCUCUUUUUCACCUCUUCCUUCACUAUUAUGCCCAUCCCCCCCUCCUGUUUAGUAGUGUGUAGAAGAAAGCUGAUUAUAUUAUAAUGAACAUGUAUAGUGGUGUUUUUCUUAGUGCUCUCAGCAGCAGACUCUAGGGUACUCUCUCUUUGUGCAUGUACCGACUCUUUAGUGAUGGCGCCUCCUCAAACACAUGCUUACUUCCUGUUGGCAGCUCUGCAGGAGAGGCUAGCGGCUGGAUCAAACACUGGCUAGAACCAUGCAGAGGAGGGUGGGUAACUUGCUGCUGGGGGUGUUGUCUCUACAGCAGGGUGCUAGAAGAACCUACCCACUCCUGUUCUCUUGCUUCUGGUCAGUAGACACCCCCACCCUACCCUCCCAUGUGUGUUUGCAUGAAUGUUUACUCUGAUCACCUCCACAGAUUUUACACAGUCCAUCAGCAUCGUUUGCUUUACUUCUCUGAUAUUUGAUGGUUUUCAUCAGGGUUUUUUCUCAUGCAUGCAUUUUAUUCUUACCUCAGACUAUUUGUGGGUGACAGGUUGGGGGGGGGGGGGGGGAUGAUUCAGACUAAAACAGAUCAGACAGACUGAUUUAAAAUACUUUUUCUACAAAAAUGUGCUGCUACUGGUUUGCUCUGACACCAAAGUUUAAUCAUUGGUGUCUAUUUCCCACUCAGCUUAUGAUGUGAUGGUGGUGUUCAGAUUGGUACCCUGUAAACAUUUCAAACCAAAGCAGAAAGGUGUCAGAUAGUUUUAGCAGCUGUGACUUUUUAUUUUUAUUUUUUGAAUUAAAACCUUUUAUAGCAAAGGUUCAUAAAUGUUUGUAACGUUCUCUAAAACUGAAAGUUUUCUUGGUGUAAAAAGAUUUUUAAAAAUGAAUAAAUAAACAUGUCUCCAAUCAGUGUGACUAAACCAACAAUAUUUUCUGUUGACAUCCCCCUGUGCUUUUAUUUUUCUCUCUGAAACAGUUGAUCAUCUGUACGGUGUUUCUCAGGUUGACAUCACCCGUAAUGCUUACUUUUCCUAUUUGAUUGUCUUCUAUUUUUGCCUUUAUUUCUUUUUUUAAUAUUGAAUAUAAUGUUUGACUUAAACAUUGUUUGUAAUUUCCAGAUUUGACACAUAAGUUGGUAAUAAAUGGAUGUUACACACA